CCACCACUCGUCGAAUAUUUGUUUCCUUGCUAGGAGAAGUAGAGAGAGACUACGCCAUCGCGAUUGAGACGGCGAGAUUGAUAGAUGGAUUCGGGGAGAGAGUCUUUUCUUUUGUGAAAAAAGAGUCCAAAAAUACUUCAAAUUAUAUUCAGAGCGGAGAAGAAGAGGAAAGUGGUCCGUCUCUCUUUUAGCCGCCGCCACCACCACCGAGAUGGAUCUGCGUUGCGAGUCCACGGAUUCUCGGACGGAGCUCCUCUCGUCGACCAGGUCUGACUGGAGGCUCCAAGUUAACGACUUCCAGAUGCCGGAGGGUUCCAAGGCCAAGGAUCCUCCCUCGUCCUUUGUUUGUCGAGUCUUUGCAAGGACUCGUGGUAACCAAAGGAGAAUUGCGAAAUACUAUAGGAAGCAAGAAAACCUUGUAAAAGGAUUCAAUGAAACGGAAACUAUACAUGAAUCAGGUGGUCCAGCAGGAGUUCCUACAGAGCAUGAGCUAAAGCAGCUAGCCAGAAGCGAGGGACUCGCAAUUAACAUCUCAAACGUAGUCAACUUAUUCCUUUUUGCUUCCAAAGUUCUGGCAUCGAUUGAAAGCAGAUCAUUGGCGGUGAUUGCGUCGACCUUAGACUCUUUACUGGAUCUUCUAUCAGGAUUCAUUCUUUGGUUUACGUCGUAUGCCAUGAAAAAACCUAAUCGAUAUGGCUAUCCGAUUGGAAAGAAGCCGAUGCAACCCGUGGGAAUUAUUGUAUUUGCUUCUGUGAUGGGUACGCUUGGUUUCCAAGUGUUGUUGGAGUCUGGUCGACAACUUAUAACACAGGAUCACCCUACUUUUGAUCAUGAAAAGGAGAAAUGGAUGGUUGGCAGCAUGGCUUCAGUUACAAUUGUGAAAUUUUUCCUCAUGCUUUAUUGCCGUAGCUUCAAAAAUGAAAUUGUUAGAGCUUAUGCGCAAGAUCAUUUCUUUGAUGUCAUCACUAACUCCAUUGGUCUAAUAAUAUCCUUACUUGCCGUCAGAUACUGUUGGUGGAUGGAUCCUGCUGGUGCAAUACUGAUUGCACUGUACACAAGAAGCACAUGGGCAAAGACAGUACUGGAGAAUGUAAGGUUAUUAAUAGGAAAAACUGCACCACCUGAAUAUUUAACAAAAUUAACCUACCUCAUUUGGAAUCACCAUGAGGAAAUCAAGCAUAUCGACACAGUGAAAGCAUGUACUUUUGGCUCUCAGUAUUUCGUCGAAGUAGACAUAGUCUUGUCUGGAAAUAUGCCUUUGAAAGAAGCACAUGACAUUGGUGAGACACUUCAAGAAAAGCUUGAGCAGUUACCAGAAGUUGAACUAGCAUUUGUGCAUGUAGAUUUUGAGUUUUCUCACAGGCCAGAACAUAACACGAGUGUUAGAAAAUUUUGAAUGUAAAAGUGAUAGAAUAAUGAUGGUUGAUGCAAAAAUUGUCUUGGAUUGUUUUGCUUCUUAUUUAGUUAAAUAAUUUCUUAUGAUUA